UUGAGAGGUUGGAUUUAUCUUUUAGUAAUGUGAAUGGUUUUCCUAAAUUCCCUGCACGAUAUCCAAAUCUGCAAAUAUUAGAUCUCUCUCAUAACAACAUUCGUGGAAAACUUCCCAAAUGGUUUCAUAAGAAUCUCUACUCAUGGGAAAGCAUUGAAUACAUCGAUCUUAGUUUCAACAAGUUGCAAGGAGAUCUUCCGAUUCCACCCUAUUUCAUUAUUAGUUACUUUUUACUCUCAAAUAACAACUUCACAGGAAACAUUUCUUUCGCAUUCUGCAAUGCAUCGGCCUUGAGUGUGCUCAAUUUGGCGCACAACAAAUUAACAGGCAUGAUCCCACAAUGUUUGGGAACACUUCGUUAUCUUUUUGUAUUGGAUUUACAAAUGAACAACCUCAAUGGAAUCAUGCCUAGAAACUUUUCCAAAGAAAAUCAAUUUGAGACUAUAAAGUUGAAUGGCAAUCAAUUGGAAGGACCAUUACCACACUCUUUGGCUCAAUGCAGAAAUAUUAAAGUUUUGGACCUUGGGGACAACAUCAUAGAGGAUGUAUUUCCCAAUUGGCUAGAAGUUCUACCAGAGUUACAAGUACUGAGUUUAAGAUCAAAUAAACUUUAUGGUACAAUCACAUGCUCUAGCAUCAGACAUCCAUUUCUCAAGUUGAGAAUUUUUGAUGUCUCUAACAACAAUUUUAAUGGUCCGUUGCCAACAUCAUGUAUUAAGAACUUUCAAGGAAUGAUGAAUGUGAAUGACAGCCAACUUGGUUUGCAAUACAUGGGCUGGCGUGACAACAUAAUCGGCAAAUACUAUAGUAAUUCUGUGGUGGUUAUAAUGAAAGGUUUUGACAUCGAGCUAACAAAGAUAUUGACUACUUUCACAACUAUCGAUUUAUCGAAUAACAUGUUUGAAGGAGAAAUUCCAAUAUUUAUCGGACAAUUAAGUUCUCUCAAAGGACUUAACCUUUCGAACAAUGGAAUCACUGGUAAAAUACCACAAUCUUUGAGUUAUUUGAGAAAUUUGGAAUGGUUGGACCUCUCAAGGAACCAGUUGAGGGGUGAGAUUCCUAUGGCUCUCACAAAUCUUAAUUUUCUCUCUGUAUUGAACCUUUCACAAAACCACCUUGAAGGAGUGAUACCUAAUGGUCAACAGUUUGAUACAUUUGGAAAUGAUUCCUAUGAAGGAAAUGCAAUGUUAUGUGGACUCCCAUUGUCUAAAUCAUGCAAAAAGGAUGAAGAUCAGCCAUCACAUUCAACAUCUGAAGAUGAAGAGGAAUCAGGAUUUGGAUGGAAAGCAGUAGCAAUAGGAUAUGCGUGUGGGGCAAUAUCAGGGUUGCUCUUAGGACAUAAUGUAUUCUUCUUUGGGAAACCGGAAUGGCUUGUAGGACUUGUUGAACAUAUGUUUAACAUGAGACUGAAGAGAAGAAACAGUAGAGCCGGUGCAAAUCGCAGAAUAUGAAUUAAUAGUCUCCUGGAUAGUGGUUAGUUGCUCAUAUGUGUAUGU